GGUUGUUGUUUGUUCUUUCGUUUAAUAAAAAAUGAGCGCAAAAUUGGAAGCUAUUGACUUGCCAGAUCUGCAGCGAUUUCAAGAGCUUUUCAAGCAAAAUUGGCCGAAGUAUUGUCAGGAAUAUUACUGCCUAGACAACUUUAUAGAGUUUCUAAAGAAACAACCUGAAAUCAAGCAUUUGCAACUUUAUACUUUGUCCACAAAGCAAGCCAGAGAUGAGGGUCUAUUCGUUAUAGUGGAUCGCUAUCAGCUGUUUGCGGGUAGUUUGAACAACACGAAUGGUCUCUUGGAAAAGGCUUUGGACUUAGUGGAUUGGUCGAAGGGUUUGAAAUGCAGUUCGAUUCCAUCGAGACAUAUCGAAGCCUUGGACAAAGUGGUUGCAGCUAAAAAGUUGGAUUUAGUAUUCAGAGAUCCCACGGAUUUGUUUUAUAUGAAGGCAGAGGAGGCUCUCCAGCUAAAAGUUGAAACCCCUUCUGGAUUUGUUCUGAGAUCUUUGCGUGUGGAAGAUGCUCCCUUGGUGAAUGAGGAAUGGCCCAAUCAUCACUUGGGUUCUCUGUACUUUAUCGAGCGACAGAUUAGAAUGUGUGUCAGUGUGGGUUUGUAUAAUGUUGAAACCCAGGAGCUGGUGGCCUGGUGCAUAAGAUUACAAGGCGGCUACUUGGGGGCUCUACAAGUCAAGGACUCGCAUAAACGUCGCGGAUUUGGCAGCCUGGUGACCAGAGAAAUCUCUUACCGACUUGCCGCCCAAGGACACGAUGUAAUGGCCCUGGUGGGUCACACGAAUACCGCUUCCGCAGGCAUGUUCCGGAAACUGGGCUUCCAGGUAAUCGAUCAAUGCCUCUGGCUAAGAACAGAGCCCACAGAAGGGGACUUUGUAUGGCCUGAGGGAGAGUAACUCAAAUCAAAAUCCUUCGCAACUAAUGUUUAUGUAUAAUUCUGUACCAUA